CUUAGUAACCAGAGGUGGAGCGGUUUCUAAGUUAUAAAUCCAGGCGGCUGUUUGUUAUCCCUCCUCGAAGACUUUGGAUCAUAUUGCGACUAGCUCCACUCCGCUUCACCAUCAAACCCUUCAAACUACUUUCAGCUUGAAAGAAAACACUUGAACGAUGUGCGGAAUUUUCGCCUACCUGAAUUACAGAGUGCCACGGACGAGGAGAGAUAUCAUUCAGACCCUCAUAAAGGGACUCCAAAGGCUGGAGUACAGGGGUUAUGACUCUGCAGGUGUUGCAUUAGAUGGCUCAGGUAAAGAUCGUGCUGCUAGUGUCAGCCUCUAUAAGACGACCGGGAAGGUGAAAGCUCUUGAUGAAGAGAUCUACAAGAACAACUCCAUCGAUUUCGAGGCAGAACUGGACACACACUUUGGCAUUGCUCACACUCGCUGGGCCACACAUGGAGAGCCCAGUCCUCUCAACAGCCACCCUCACCGAUCCGACAAGAACAAUGAAUUUGUUGUCAUCCACAACGGCAUCAUCACAAAUUACAAGGAGCUGAAGAAGUACCUGGUUUCCAAAGGCUAUGAUUUUGAGUCAGACACAGACACAGAGGUCAUUCCUAAGUUGAUCAAGUACCUCUAUGACAACCGCGAGAACGAUUAUGUGUCCUUCUCCACCCUAGUGGAGCGCGUCAUCCAGCAGCUGGAAGGGGCAUUUGCUCUGGUUUUCAAAAGCAUUCAUUUCCCCGGAGAGGCCGUUGCGACCAGGAGGGGCAGCCCGCUGCUCAUCGGUGUGCGCAGUCAGUAUGAGCUUUCCACAGAGCAGAUCCCUGUCCAGUACAACUGCAGUAAAUCCAGGACAGAUGAACAGGAGAAAAACUUACUGAACCGAAGGGGCAGCACCAAUGCCUUGCACUCAGUCCAUGACAGACUGGCGGUGGAGUUUUACUUUGCCUCUGAUGCUAGUGCAAUUAUUGAGCACACCAACAAGGUGAUUUAUCUGGAGGACGAUGAUAUUGCUGUAGUGGUGGAGGGGAAGUUGUAUGUGCACCGUAUUAAGCGUGCCGCAGGCGAAGACCCCGUCCGUGCCAUUCAGACCCUACAGAUGGAGCUCCAGCAGAUCAUGAAAGGUAACUUCAAGGCUUUCAUGCAGAAGGAGAUCUUUGAGCAGCCUGAAUCUGUCGUCAACACCAUGAGAGGCAGAAUCUGUUUUGACAGCAACACAGUUAUUCUUGGUGGCCUUUCUGACCAUCUGAAGGAGAUCAAGAGAUGCAGACGCUUGAUUGUGAUUGGCUGUGGAACCAGUUACCAUGCAGGAGUAGCAACACGUCAGAUCCUUGAAGAGUUGACUGAGCUUCCUGUUAUGGUCGAGUUGGCCAGUGAUUUCCUAGACCGCAUCACACCUGUUUUCAGAGAUGAUGUCUGUUUCUUCAUCAGCCAGUCAGGUGAGACGGCAGACACUCUGAUGGCAUUACGCUACUGUAAGCAGCGCGGGGCACUGACUGUGGGCGUCACCAACACUGUUGGCAGCUCCAUCUGCAGGGAGACCGACUGUGGAGUUCACAUCAAUGCUGGGCCUGAGGUUGGAGUCGCCAGCACUAAGGCCUACACUAGUCAGUUUGUGUCUCUGAUCAUGUUUGGCCUGAUGAUGAGUGAAGACAGGCUUUCAAUGCAGCAGAGAAGAUUGGAGAUCAUCAAUGGACUCAAAAAACUGCCAGAGCUGAUCAAGGAAGUUCUGGCUCUUGAUGACAAAAUCAAAAGCAUUGCAGAUGAGCUCCACCAUCAGAGGUCUUUGUUGGUCAUGGGUCGAGGCUAUAACUAUGCCACCUGCCUUGAGGGGGCACUGAAAAUUAAAGAGAUCACAUACAUGCACUCAGAAGGUAUUCUGGCUGGAGAGUUGAAGCAUGGUCCAUUGGCGUUGAUUGACAAGCAUAUGCCGGUCAUCAUGGUCAUCAUGAGAGAUGCUUGCUACCAAAAGUGCCACAAUGCCUUGCAACAGGUCACAGCCAGACAGGGCCGUCCCAUCAUCCUAUGCUGCCAGGAUGACCCAGAGAUCAGCAAUAUGGCAUAUAAGACCAUUGAACUGCCUCACACAGUGGACUGUCUGCAGGGCAUCAUCAGUGUCAUUCCCCUGCAGCUCAUAUCCUUCCAUCUGGCUGUUCUCAGAGGAUAUGAUGUGGACUGCCCAAGAAACCUGGCCAAAUCUGUGACCGUGGAGUAACUCCUUCCCAGGAAAUGUGAACUAGUGGAAGUAGAAGAGAAGAAGACUAACCACCAAAGUGCAAUUACCAGAGUGUGUGUGUUUACGUGUGUUAGCAUCUGUGUGAAUGUGGGUGUGUGGGUAUUUAUGAAGCAUGACCAAAUCCCUAAAGGUCACAAGACCUGAAUGGAACCAGUGGGGGUUGGGGGGGGUGUAUUUUAUUCUAGUGAGAUAGACGUAAUACCAUUUGUUUCUUAAGUGCCUCAACAUCCAAGUGCAAAUGAAGGAACCCUAAACUGUGCCUUACGCCCAUUUCUCUCAGCUUUUAACCGGGCCUAAAAAAUAACAACAAAGUCAAAUGUUCACCUCCGACAAAACCAAAGUGCAAUACAUUAAUCUGCACAAUUAAUCUGCAUGUCCAAGAAACUUGCCACCAAUCACAGGGACCAAAGAUCUUAGUUAUGUUGAGUGGGUAAGAAAGUGAUGCAUAGAUGUGGAAGUACAUGAAUGUGCAAGUAUGAAUUGUUUUUUUAAAAGCAAGGUCUAAUACCUACAGUAUCAUGUGCAAUACUAGAAAACACUAUUUGUCCUUAUUGUUAUUGCAUUGAACACAUUUCUGAGCUGUAGCAAACAAGUGUUAAUCACUUGAACGUUCAUACAGCCUUCAAUUAUCUUAGCGAAAAUCUAACAUAAAAACUGGCUUCCACUGGAAAUUUUACUGUACUGUUAGACUUUACUUUGACUGUGAAGCAUUUAUUUUUGGAACAAUCAUUGUGUUAUUACAUGUGCUUUUGAUUUAGUUGUCCUUUUUUUAAUGAAUGAUUGCAGUGAUUAUUUUUUGUGAUCUAUAUAUUUUGUGCCGUAAUGAGAUUUCCAACCCUCAGCAUAACUUUUCUUUCGUUCUGGGACACAUAAUUUAACACAUAAUUUCCCUGGCAUACAUAGUUGUCAUAUACAUCCAUUUUUAAUCAGUUUUAUAUUUUUUAAGUUAUGGGUUGAGGGUUGUAGUAUGAGAGCAGCUAUGAAAAUAAAGCCUUUAUAUUUCUUAAUAGUUGCUUGUAAAUAGAAAAAAAUAAAUAAAAUGAAGUGCAACCAG